CUGCGGUGGCAUAGGAAGUAGGGACGCCACUAGUUAUCGAAGAAGUGGAGGUGGCGCCACCACAGGCAAUGGAGGUUCGUUUGAAGAUCCUCUACACCUCCCUCUGCCAUACUGAUGUCUACUUCUGGGAGGCCAAGGGACAAAAUCCCUUGUUUCCUCGCAUUUAUGGGCACGAGGCAGGAGGGAUUGUGGAGAGUGUGGGAGGAGUGACAGAUCUCCAACUAGGAGACCAUGUCCUACCAGCGUUCACAGGGGAAUGCAAGGAGUGUGACCACUGCAAGUCAGAGGAGAGCAACAUGUGCAGUCUCAUCAGGAUCAAUACAGACAGGGGUGUGAUGAUCAGUGAUGGAAAGUCAAGGUUCUCGAUCAAUGGGAAGCUCAUCUACCACUUCGUCGGUAUUUCAACCUUCAUUGGAAAAUGA